GAGAGAGAGAGAGCAAAAGAAAGAGUGGAUAGCCACUCUGGUGCACUCUGGUGGUUCCUGCAACAGCGUCACUGUUGCCUGAUCUCCAACAGUCCAACUCUGGCAUUGUCACUCAUGCAGAAGUCAGUGACAAACACGGCAAACUCCUCCGAGUCCCAGUGGAUGGAUUGAAAUGGAUGAGUUUUCUUUUCAAAAACUUUUUUUCACUCGACGUUCCCUGGAUUCUCAAAAGUGUUGCAACUCUGUGAACUAAUAUUGCCUGGACACUUUGGAAACAUCUUUUUGGAGAACAUGUUGCUGUACACACCAGAGGAACUUCCACAAACGUUCACGUCUCUGGAGACACGAAAAGCGACUUGAACUCUGCCAAACAAGACUGACAAGGUGUGAAAUGUAAGCUGGUCACGUCUAUUAAGUAAGGAAGCUUUUUGUUCAGAGUAGAUUUAUGGUGCUUCUAUAAAAAGGAAUUUCCUUAGUUUUGUUAUCUUUGACAUGAAAAUAUUUGUGUGACCAGGUUGAGCUGGUGAAUAAUGGAUGCUGGAAACCUAAGCAGCAACGGCACACAGUACAACACAACACAUCCCUACGAUGCGGUAGGACCCUGGAGCCUCAUCAUACUGGUCAUCAUCAUACUGACCACAGUGGUGGGAAACUUGCUGGUCAUCAUCGCUGUGUCUUGCACUUCACAGCUGCAGACGACCACAAACAUUUUCAUUAUGUCCCUGGGCUGUGCGGACCUCAUCAUGGGGGUCUUUGUGGUACCCCUGGGGGGCACUAUUUUGGUGACAGGUAAUUGGCUGCUCAGUGAAGAAUUCUGUAACAUCUGGACUUCUGUGGACGUCCUGUGUGUGACGGCGAGCAUAGAGACACUCUGCUGCAUAGCAGUGGAUCGGUAUAUAGCAAUUACGAGGCCACUCCGAUACAAGGUGCUGCUCAGUAAGUGCCGUGCUAGGAUAAUAGUUUGUUUAGUGUGGGUUUUGUCCUCCUGUAUUUCCUUCGUGCCAAUUAUGAACGGGUAUUGGCGAGAUGAUUCUCAGUUCGCCAGAGACUGCUACGAUGACAUUCAAUGCUGUGACUUUGUGACUAACAAGGUUUAUGCUAUUGGAUCUUCUACAGUGUCUUUUUACAUUCCACUGCUUAUCAUGAUAUUUGUGUACGCAAAAGUCUUCCUAAUAGCCACACGGCAGGUCAAGCUCAUAAGUAAGAAUCGCAUGCGUUUCCAGAGUGAGUGUCCAGCAGCCCAGAUGCAAGUUAGCACCCACAUCAACAAUGUUGUACCAGUGGGCUGUGCAGGCUCCAGCAGCUACAGCAAUGCAGUGCGGACCAAGAGCACCAAGCGCAGACCGUCACGGCUGAUGCUCGUCAAAGAGCACAAGGCCCUCAAGACUCUGGGUAUUAUCAUGGGGACCUUCACUGUGUGCUGGCUGCCAUUCUUCGUCGCCAACAUCAUCAUCAGUGUAUUACAAGACUAUUCCUCAGGGAGCACCUUGCGGCUGUUGAACUGGCUGGGAUACAUCAACUCGGGCCUCAAUCCCAUCAUCUACUGCAGGAGUCCAGAGUUUCGUACAGCGUUCAAGAGCCUUCUGGGCUGUCCAUGGGUCUCCACCAUGAGGCUCAAUACUUUGUAUAAAGAACUGCGGACUCGCUGCUCCUGCUUUCUGUGGCAGCCUGAGUCAGGCACAGACGGCAGCAAAUGUGAGGAGGCUUCCCCUGGUUCUCUGCAGUCCAACGGCGGGACACAGUUCAGUGACUUAUCUGAACCAGAGACACAAUACUUUACAUUGCAGGAAAACAACAUGUGAACUGUAAAACUACAAGCUACUGAAAGAGACUACUUUUCCGGCCGAUACUGUGAUUCCCACAAGGGCUGGGACCGAACGGCAGCAAGGACAAGCCAAAGAACAGUACAACUGGAGCGACUGUCGAGAGAAACAGCUGAUUUGGUCUGGACAGGAACUCUGUGGCUGCCUCUGUGAACGGGCGACAGACCGCUGCAACUCAGCACUUCACAGACAUAGGGUGACACGAACUUUGAGCCUCUCAAAGACUUUUCCUGAAUAAGACUUAACCGCAGGUUUUAGAUGCAUUCCAGUAAUCCUUUGGACGUGGUGUUUGUGGCCUGUGGUUUCAAAAGAGACAGCGUUAAAUACUUUUGUACAGUGUAUUAUCUGGUAAGUUGUCUUUUUAUGAUACACCAAAUCUCUAGCCAAAUCAAAAUAAAAAAAAAAAAAACAUUGUCUAGCUUAAUACAAGCUCAAAAUUCUGUAAAAGCAGUCUUCACUGUGCCGUGAAGAUAUAUUCCUUUUCAUGGCACAAACUCCUCAGUGUCAUAGCAGCUAAACCUAAGGGCUGUGCAUUCAAAUAUUCAACCCUGGUGUCUGUUUUCAGUAAUUUUUCUGUUUUGAUCCUUGACACUGUAUCUGCUCAAACUCAGCCAAAAAUGAAAAUGUGCUGUUAUCAUCUACUCGUCCCAGUGUCAGUGGAAAGUCAGGUGAAGUUCCUUGGUCCACAAAACAUUUUUGGAGCUUCACAAUAAAACAGUGCUGCAGCAUUCUCCUAAACAACUGAUGUGAAUACGGACUUGUUUUACAGCGUUUUAAGAGCAACUGAAAAAGUACAGUCUCCGAAAGUACCUGGAUCACAAAUUGACUUGAAAAGACGUUUUCACAGCCUUUUUAAAGCCGGAAUCGUAACCGUAGCCUUCACUUCACCUAAGCUUAAAGCAUGUGCGCACACAUAUAUGAAGUGGACGCACAAGCUCCACCACGUGUUGAGGGGUGUAAAUAGCGUCUUUUCAAAUCAGUUUAGGAUCUCAUCACUUCUAUGGACUUGGAUUACACUGGAUGAGCUGUAUGAAGCCAUUUUACAUUAUUUUACGUUUAUUUUCUACAUUUUCGAAUCUCCAUCUACUUCACUUGCUGCAAUGCUGUUUUACUGUGGGGGACCCAAAAUGUUUUGUGGAACAUGAAAGCUCACCUGACUUGGAGGAGAUCACAUAAUGACUGAAUUUUCAUUUUUGUUUGAAAUCUUCCUUUAAAUCCCAUUUUCUACCAUGGCUGUGGAUAUUCAAUUGGCUUGGUUUCUGAAUGGCUUGCUGUUAACAUCCCACAAGGACAACUCAAACAUAAUUCCUCAAACAGCAAACGAUCAACCAUAAAUCAGUUUAAAUUGUUCAAGGUCAAGGUACAGUAUUAUACGCUGCAGGUAACCAUAGCAAAACGCUCCUGUUAAAUGCUAUGCUGCUGGUAAAUUGUCUACAUAUUUUCAUUUGGCAAGCGGCAAUGUUAGUUCAAUAACACUGAAAUGUUUAAAUAAGGUAAAUAAUGGACUUGAUGCAGGAGGUAUUCCUAACCUUAUCCAUUGUCAGGACUGUGUUGUGCAUUACAUUACAUCACCUGUUGCAUUGAGAAAUAAAAUAUUAUAAAACUGUG